AGCAGUGUGAUGGUGUAGUAUGUGUGUAGUAUGACUGGAAAAGGAAAGGGAAUCUGAAUGUUUUAGUUUCUCGUCAUGUCACACGAGACAGAUCUUGUUCCUUCUGGAGAUAUAUCCCGUAAAUUCGGGAUAUAGAUUCGGAUAUUUUACACUGGAGUGAUAUGUAGUAUGUUUCAUCCCGAUCUACAAAACGCUGGUGGAUUAUAAACAAACCCGAGCCGACCUGGUGGUGCCCUAACAUCACCUACCACUAUGUGAUAUUACAACAAAUAUUCUAUCACCGGAAGAAAAUCUACGUGUGUUUAUAUGUUGUACUACUAUUCAGCUAGUACAUUUUCUCUUCGCAUGGAGUCGAACCUGGGAAUAUUUCUCCUACUGACCAUGGUCUACUGUUUGGCAGCGAUCGACGGUGAAAUUCGAUGUUAUUGCAACGAGCCCGGGUGUAUAAGCACCAGUUACAUGUGCAAGUCGCCCCUAGGAAUGUGUUACUCUCUCGUCCGUCGUGAAGGAGAGACAAAACGAACGACACAGGGAUGUGUGGACUCGCUAGUACGUCAACAACAGAACUUAUGUAGUGGUGAAGCUCUCGAACAGAUGAGGGGCAAUCGUCCCUCCACAGAAUGGCCUUUACUGCACUGUUGCAAAAACGACAUGUGCAACUAUAACUAUGAUAAAAAUGACUUUACGGAAAAUGUUAACAUUGUCAUGAAUACUGCAAAAAUCAACAACACCAGUCAUCACAGAGCAGUUGACAAAGAGCUGAACAUGGUGGCGCCCCCAGGUGGUCAUGUACCCUAUGCUAUUCCGGAUUCUGAUGACCGGAGCGGCGAAAGUGAUUUGUGGUUUAAAGCAGCCGUAAUCGCGGUCCCGAUUGCGGGAGGAUUUAUUCUAAUUUUAUUGGUGCUUCUAGCUGUGCGCAUGCUCAGAACAGAUUCAAGGCGACACAGACAGUUAAUUCAGUUUAGACGCGAGAGGACUAGUUUAACAAAAGCACAGUUAUAUGUGACAGACCAUUUUAGUGAAAAGACAGAGAAAAGUUCAUCAUCUUCAAUGUUCGGAGAGAACCAUAACUCAUUAUGCAAAGAUGUUAGCGUUAAAGUGGAUAAAGACGGUAAAAUGUACGAGCAAGUCUGUCCGGAUCAGUCCAAAUCGAAACGGACGAGACCAUCAAUUGUUAUAUGGGGCAAACCACUCCAAAAGGACUUUGCUACUGUGGUAUAGCAUAUAUAUAUAUUGUGAUAAAUGUUCAAAUGUGUCUAAAUGUGUGAGUGAACGACGCGCGUGGUAGCGUGAUAAAUGCACGUAAAAUAGAUAUAUAUAUAUCAAAGUUAAGAGAGAUCGGUAUGUAUAUUUGUGAGUGUAUAGAUAUAUAUAUAUCAAAGUUAAGAGAGAUCGGUAUGUAUAUUUGUGAGUGUAAAGCUACAGGCGUGUAUGUGUUGAAAACGGAGUGAUGUGAUGGUAUGCUUCUGGACAUAAACUAUCUCCGACUUCGGGGAAAGGUCUCUAUGAUUGGCUCAAUCUGUCAAACGUGAAAUUGUCGUGUAAAUGAGACAGACAUGUGUAACAUGGACUAUUCUUAUUGGGCCUUUGUGUUGUACACAGUGGUGGAUUAGAUCAACUUCUGUUCUUCCAAUGGCAACGUACUUUUAAAUACACGCAUGCGCGCGAUAUUGUGAUAUGUAGAUUUGUAUGAGUUAUGUGAAACAUAUAUGUAAAGCUGUGUUAGGUGAAACAUGUGAAACAUGUUUGAAUGUUAUUAAGUGUGAAUGCUCAAUGCAGAGUCUAAAAGUGUUUAAUUUUGGAAACGAAGUCCGUGUUUUACGUCACGCCCUCAAAAACCUUGUUUUGGUUCAGAGGUCAUAGGUAAUAGUCCAGGGGGGCAACUCUUGUUCAGAGGAUGCGUGACGCAAUUUAUAAAAGAAGAAACUGGUAGAACUUCGUUAUAUCGCCACUUUUUGUCGAAUGACAAUAUAAUAAGGGGAUAUUUUAAAAUAUAAAGUUUAGAGAAGUGGCAAUAUACCGAAGUUUAACCUUGUUUCAGCUUAUACCAUCAUGGUAGAAUGUUCUAGUUUCAUAUUUAAACUUUGCAGUAGGUAGGAGAGACAACAAAUGGGUGUGGUCGUUGUAAAUCGAGGAAAUUAACUUUCUCUUUUUAAAAGGAAGUUUAAAAUUGCAUAACUUAAUUUAAAAAAUGGACUUCCUUGCAAUUUGAAACAAUCAUACAAACAACGUUUGUCUGUCCUGGAACAAGACGGUACCCUCCUCAGUCACCUCUCUUGCAUUCGCUACAGCGGAGCACAGCCCUGGCGGAGAGUAUGGAACUAUGUGAGGGAACCAGUCUAUCUUGGAACAACUUCCAAUAGAUGUCGCUUUGAUUAUAACAGUGUUGAGGUGACAUCUAGCGGAUAGCGUUACAAUUGCAGAAAAAGAAAUGGGAGAUCGGUCGAAACAAGGUUGUUAUGUGAGACUAGAGUUAUCUACCAUGACGGUAUAGGUGACGUUGUAAGGUGUUGUGAGUCGUUGUUACCGUGUGUGGUCAUAUUUUCAUGGACUACAGAGGAUUCUGUUAUAUUUGAAAACAUUUCUAUUUAUUUCUUUCAAAAUAAAAUUUGAAAAAUUUAAAACAUA